CCUGAAAAUUGCACGUGACACAUUCGCCAAUGUCGUGUCGCGCGCCUCACGGGAGACGACGUCGAGCCGCUCUACGACGACGACGAACACUGCUUGCGCGGCAUGCACCUCCUUUGGCUUUGCACGGCUGUGAUAUGGAUAACUCAAACAUGGGCAAUACAAGCAUCUGAAGUUGGAGUCGUCGACUGGCAUAAACCUCUUGUUGGCGUACCUCUGUUCGGUGCACUCACGACGGCGCCGAGGUUCCAAAGAGUCGGCAACGCCGGAGCGAAGUCGCGUAGUUUGCUCUUCACUGCAAGCUCAGGGAACAUCUUGGCAGCGAUAGAUCCUGCCGACGGAGAAAUAGCAUGGAGGUACGUAUUCGAGGACAACGAACAUAUCAUAGGCUACAAGCACCACGGAGAAGUUGUUGCCGCUGUGUCUGGUGCUGGUGGAGCUACGCUUCGUCUACUGGAUGCUGCGACCGGCGAUCUCCUGGCUGAGAAGCGCCUGCACAAACCAGAGUUUGGCCGUCUGUUUGAUCCGGCGACAAUCGGGACGACCAUAUCCUUCGACGCCGAAGGGGAUAUCUACGUGGUGUCAAACGCGCACAUUGCACGCCGCGUGGACGGGAAAACGGGAGAAGUGAAGUGGGGGUGGACCGCGCCAGACCAGUCCUCGCUUGUGGCAUACUCCAAGAUAGUCACAACCCCGACGACUGUCUACCUCAUAGGGCUCGCGAAGUCAUUUGCCUCCUAUACGAUACAUGUCACCGCUCUGUCUACGACAACCGGCGAGCUGCUCACAUCAGGACACAUUCCAUCAAGUAUCUCUGACGGCCUCACAGACUUCUUUGAGCUACGUGAUGUCAAGGACGCAUCCGUGCCUCCGAGGAUAGUGUGGAUCGAAGGCGGCUCUGUCCGGUACUUUACUCUCACCCCAGAACUCAAGGAAAAACCGAUGGGAUUCAAGGGAGCAACGUACAAGAACAUUCUGGACAUCGGACUCUCCGAGUACGGCCAGUUCAUUGCUCUGAGAGAGGACGGCACUGCGCGCGUCCUCCGUUCUGUUCCAGAAGGGUUCCGGCAGAUCUGGGAGUUUGCCGAAUCUGCCAAUUCACCCAAGUACACUGCUUCGAAGUAUGUCGGCGCCCUUGACAUGGAUGGCCGAUCAUACGUAGCACGUGUAUACUGGUCCAACGUCUACAAGAAAGCCGUAGUCCACGUUUUCGCCGGUCACUUAGCGGAAGGAAAGGGUCUGGUCUCAGGGUACACGUUCCCGUUCGAGACCAACGUCCACGGUGUACUCUCUCACGUUACUGUGGAGGCUGCCAACCCAGAGGGUAACACGAUCGUCGCCCGUCUUGCCCUGACGACAACCACCGGCGCAAUACAAUUGUGGCAACAUGACAGAUUGCAGUGGGCGCGGGAAGAGGGACUGGCCGACAUGAAAGUCGCCGAGCUCGUCGAAUUGCCCGAGCGGAAGAUUACCACGUCGCAGGUGGGAGACGAGGAAGAGUCGUUUGGCGACCGUCUCGUCCGACAACUGUCCGAUGCGCAGAACUUCCCGCAGUAUGCUGCGAACUUCGUGCGACGCUUCGUGACGGGCUCGUAUGCGUCCGCCUCGUCGUCGGCCGCGCCCAGCGCGAACGCGUCCGAGCCGCUCGCACGCGACGAGUUCGGAUUUCGCAAGAUGAUCGUCGCUGCGACCGCGCACGGCAAGUUGUACGGCAUCGACUCUGCGAACGGGGCGGUGCUCUGGAGCCGUGUGUUUGGGCUUGGCUGGGCGGCCGAGAUUGGAGGGCAAGUCAUCCCUGUGAAGAUGUUUGUCACGCGGACGGUGAGCGAUGGGGAUGCGCCACAGGUCGUGUUGGUCACUCAGCGCAAGGCGAGCAAUGGCCUGAUGGACACGGUGCUCUUCCAUGUGGACGCGCUGACCGGCGAAGAUGCAAGAGGCGUGUCAGCCUCUGGUGAUUUGCUGCAAGGAUUUGACAUCAUUGCUGGACCAAUAGUCGAGGCGUACAUGCUCCGCAAUGGCCCGCAGAAAUUCGUCGUCCUGCUUGACGAAUUUGUUCAGGUACACAUCUAUCCAGAUACCGCUGAGAACAAGGAGGCCUUCCGCCAGCUCGUUCCGUCGAUUCAUAUCCCCCUCCGCACUGGCGCUCCUGGCGAGCGACGCCUCACAGGACACAGGAUAUCGUCUGAGAUCGAAUUUACCGGAAAGCAUGUAGCCGACAUUGCCUGGUCACUCGGUUUCCCUGCUGGCGAAGACGUCCUCUCAAUCACCCCUCGUUCGCCGCACGAGCCAGUCGCCUCGCUUGGCAAGGUGCUGGGCAAUCGCACGACGUUGUACAAGUAUCUGAACCCGAACCUCAUGGCUAUCGUGACCGGCUCGCCUACCGCAGUUACACCCAAAUGCUCGCUGUACCUUGUCGACGGUGCGAAGGGUACAAUUCUGUACCAUGUUGCGCUUCCUAGCGCAGAGGGUGCGUGUGAUGUGAAGGUCUCAUUGACAGAGAACUGGCUCGUGUACCAAUAUUACGACGGGGAUGCAUCGGGCGUGCAAUCGACGAAGAGCCACCGUGUAGCCUCUGUCGAGCUAUACGAAGGGUUCGGGAUCGAUCAGAAGACGAGAAGUUCCGACUUGAGUUCGUUUUCAAAUGAAACCACAGCGUUGGCAGUGUUUGAGCAAGCAUUCAUCUUGCCUCGAGGGAUUAACGUCAUUACCACGACAUCGACGUCCAAUGGGAUCACGAUCAAGGACUUAGUCGUCGCCAGCGAGACCCACCAGAUCCAAUCCUUCCCGAGGCGUGUCCUCGAUCCGCGACGACCAAUGCGGAAGCCCACCAACCAAGAGAUGGAGGAAUGGCUGAUUCAGUACGAUCCCAUCGUAUACGAUGACCCGAAGCGCGUACUCUCGCACAACUACCAGGUCGUCGGCACGAAGCACAUCGUUACCUCUCCUGCCCUGCUCGAGUCAACAUCUCUCAUCUUCGCCUAUGGCCACGACCUAUUCUUCACGCGAAUCGCGCCGUCGAACACGUUCGACGUGUUGAGCGAGAGCUUUAACAAAGCACAGCUUGUGUUGACUAUUGCUGGAUUGGCACUCGCCAUUAUCAUCACGAAGCCCAUGGUGCGGAGGAAGCGACUACGUGAGCGGUGGUAUGAUUAGACUGCGCGUGUUAGACUGUGUGAUUGUACGCACCAGAAUGUUGAAAAUCGAUCUCAUCCUGGGAGUGA